GAUUGCAGGUUGUGUGUAAUUAAAACUCAAGAACCAAGAUGAUUUCAUUCCGUACAAGUUUGAUUGUUUUAGUGGCUCUGGUUGUUGCCUGUAUCAGUGCACCCGUCCCAUCAAAUCAAGGGGAUGAAGUACAAAUUUCAAUUGAGAUUGCAGGAGGACCAGUGGAAGGACAACCUAUCUAUGUUAUAGAGGGAGAGACAGGAGUGGAGGAAGCACCAGAAGAGGAAGCACCAGUAGAGGAAGCACCUGUGGAAGAAGCACCUGUGGAAGAAGCACCUGUGGAAGAAGCACCUGUGGAAGAAGCACCUGUGGAAGAGGAGGCAUCCGUGGAAGAGGCGGCAUCUGAGGAAGAGGCAGCAGAAGAAAUAUCUGAGGAAGUGAAAGAAGCUGAAGAGGUAGUAGAGGAAGCUGAAGAGGUAGUAGAGGAAGCAGAAAAGGUAGUAGAGGAAGCUGAAGAGUUAGCAGAGGAAGCUGUUGAAGUGGAAGAGGAAACAGCAGAAGAGGUAGCUGAGGAAGUGGAGGCAGCAGUGGAAGAAGCAGAAGAGGUAGUAGAGGAAGCUGAAGAGGUAGUAGAGGAAGCUGAAGAGGCAUUGGAGGAGGCUAAAGAGGCCGUAGAAAAGGCAGAAGAAGCAGUAACUCAAUUGAUGACACUAGGGGAGACAGAACAAGAACAAGAACAAGUUGUUGUCGAAAUCGAAGUUGAAGAAACAGAUGAGACUAUUGAAGAACCAGCCAAGGAGCCAGCAAAAGAAGAACCAGUCUUAGAAGAGACAGAAGAAGAGGAGCCAGCC